UGAUCACGUGAUCGUGGAUCGACUUCUUCGUUUGUGGCCACGAGGUUUUGUGUGGUGAAAAUUAAGUUUACCGGGUGGAAAAGGCCCCCUAUUUUUGUAGUUAUACAAAAAUGCCCUCCAGCAACCCGUUGCCACCCAAAGAAAAUGCCCUGUUCAAGCGGAUCCUGAGAUGCUACGAACACAAACAAUACAAAAAUGGGCUGAAGUUCGCGAAACAGAUCCUGUCAAAUCCCAAGUUCAGCGAGCACGGGGAGACCUUGGCGAUGAAGGGUCUCACCCUCAACUGCCUGGGCCGCAAGGAAGAAGCCUACGAUCAUGUGCGUCGUGGCCUCAGGAAUGACCUACAGUCCCACGUUUGCUGGCACGUCUACGGUCUUCUGCAGCGCUCCGACAAGAAAUACGAUGAGGCUAUCAAGUGUUACAGAAACGCGCUCAAGUGGGACAAGGACAACAUUCAAAUUCUUAGGGAUCUGUCCUUGCUACAGAUCCAAAUGCGGGAUCUGGAAGGAUACAAGGAUACCAGAUAUCAGUUGUUUAUGUUACGUCCUACUCAACGAGCUUCUUGGAUCGGGUUUGCUAUUUCAUAUCAUUUGUUGAGAGAUUAUGAGAUGGCAUUGAAAAUUUUAGAUACUUUUCGAAAUUCUCCAAUGAUUUGUUAUGAUUAUGAACAUAGCGAGUUGUUACUGUAUCAAAAUAUGGUCAUCCAGGAAUCGGGAGAAUGUGAACAGGCGUUAAAACAUUUAGACAAGUAUAGUGAUCAAAUUUGUGACAAGGUUACUGUCAAAGAGACUUACGGUAAACUAAGACUUCAACUAAAACAGUAUGCAGAAGCGGAACAAGUUUACAAGGAGCUACUAGAUAUUAAUCCUGAAAAUACAACAUAUUAUACUAGGCUAGCAGAGGCUGAGAGACAUUCUUCACCAAGCGAAACAUUGCAUAUGCUCCAAAGAUACGAAGAACUUUUUCCUCGAGCGUUAGCACCGCGUUGUUUGCAACUCAAUCAUGCUACAGGAGAUGAAUUUAAAGUUUUAGUUGAUCGAUAUUUACGGAAAGGGCUUCAUAAAGGUGUGCCCCCGUUAUUUGUGAAUCUUCGUUCAUUAUACACCGAUAAAGAAAAGGUCGAAAUCAUAUCAUCUCUACUUGUGCAAUACAAGGAGGCAUUAAAACUUCACGGCCAUUUUAGCGAUCAAGAGAAAGAUAAUCCGCGAGAACCAGCAUCCGCUUUAUUGUGGACCUAUUAUUAUCUAGCGCAACAUUAUGACUACCUCGGUCAAACGGAAAAGGCAUUGAUUGAAAUUGACGCUGCCAUAGAUCAUACUCCUACGCUUAUAGAACUUUUUGUUACCAAAGGUCGCAUUUAUAAGCAUGCUGGGAAUGUUCAAGAAGCUUAUAAGUGGCUGGACGAGGCGCAGGGAUUAGACACAGCUGACCGAUAUAUUAACUCUAAAUGUGCCAAAUACAUGCUUCGUGCAAAUCUUAUUAAAGAAGCGGAGGAGACGUGCGGAAAAUUCACUAGGGAAGGGGUCUUAGCUAUGGAAAACUUGAAUGAAAUGCAGUGCAUGUGGAUUCAAACUGAAGCGGCCAACGCGUACAAACGUCUUGAAAAAUAUGGAGAGGCGUUGAAAAAAUGCCACGAGGUUGAUAGGCAUUUUUCGGAAAUCAUAGAGGACCAAUUCGACUUUCAUACAUAUUGUAUGCGAAAAAUGACGUUGCGAUCUUACGUGGGUCUUCUAAGGCUAGAAGACGUUCUCCGAGCUCAUCCGUUCUACUUCAAAGCAGCGAAAUGUGCAAUGGAGGUCUAUCUGCGGCUACACGAUUAUCCUUUGCCAGAUCCAGCGCAAACGCAAGAAAUCGACACUGAAAACUUGGCGCCAUCCGAAUUGAAAAAGCUGAGAAACAAACAGAGGAAACAGCGCAGAAAGGCCGAGCUCGAACGGCAGCAGGCCGCUCAGGCUCAAGAGAAAAGAGAGCAACAUAAUAAAUCUCGGCAGCAGAACGACCCUGAUCUCGAGCAGCCUACGCUAGACGAAUUAAUUCCGGAAAAGCUAGAAAGGGUCGAAGAUCCACUGGAACAAGCGAUAAAGUUUUUACAGCCCUUACAGGAACUGGCGUCGAAUCGGAUAGAGACGCAUCUCAUGGCUUUCGAGAUAUAUAUUCGAAAAGGUCGCACUCUUCUCAUGUUACGCUCGAUAAAACGUGCUCAUCGAUUGGACGUGAAUAAUCCAGAUCUGCAUACGUGUUUGGUGCGUUUUCUGUUGCACACCAAUAAAUCGCCGCUGGAAGGAGCGGUCGGCGAGGUGGUGAAGCGUCAAACCGCCGGAAUCUUCUCCAGUACGAAGGCGGCCCAACUGAACGCCGAGUACUUGAAGAAGAACAGGAAUUCGCUGCCGCAUCUGCUGCAGGGCGCGAGGAUGCUGUACGUUCUGGAUCCGUCCGUGCAGACGAAGGCGCUGUCCCUCGUGACGAGCAUCGAGGAACUCGAAGGCGUGACGUUGCAGAACUGCACGAAGGUGCUCGAUGCAUUGCGCAACGGCGACUUCGGACACUGUGACGACACGAUAGCCGACUACAUGACGAAAUGCCACGUGCGGUUCCCAUUCGCUACCGCAUUUCGGCCGCCCGAGCCGAAGGCCAACAAUCAUCAAGAAAAAGAGAAUUCGAUCAAAAACUGAUCCAGGCACGCGCUAUUGCAGCGUCACUGAAUCACUAUCAUAAUUAGACAAGUCAAUGGAGAGCCGGGGUACGGAAGCUGAUUCUUCUGAUCUGCGCUAGAGGACGUUAAAAAAUCGCGUUUUAGGUGCCGUGGUAAAGAAACGAAACGAAAUUGGCGAAAUAACUAAUCGAGUAAAGCAUGUGUUGUACACGAACUGUUCUUCGAGGGUAUUUCACGUGCGAAAAGUGCUAGGACAGUGCUGGAUAAACAAUCCUAAUAAAUUAUAAUAUACGACGAGGUGCGGACCGCCCUACAACUUCUGGAACGCGGUCCGGAAUUUUACAGGAAGGAAAAUAAUGAGAAAAAAAAAGAGAGGACGACUUAGCUAAAUAUUAGUUAACAAUCGAGACCGAUUAAUUUGACACGUUCUGCUUAUCGUGGGCGGCGACGCUAAACGCGAGGAGUGGGACGGGGAUCAGGACGGGAGGGGAAUAAUCGACGAAAGUGCGGACUGUUUUGUGGUACGGGACGUGCAGUGUGUAAAAUAACACGUGCGAGAACUAACACAUUGGUACAAAAAAAGACAAGACUUGUAUACAUACAUACGCGCGCUCUAAUGCGAAUAUUUCUACUCGACUUAAGGUGUACAAUUUCCAGCGAUGCCUACAUAAAUGCUCUACUAUGUAGAGGCCGCAAAACGCUAGACGAUCAUCGAAGCACCGACUACUGUACCGUGCAUAUGUCCGUCGUCGCAUCUGGAUGGACUCCGUUCCCCCACAUCGUGUACUAACUUCUGGUUCGCCUCACCCGUGAACUGUUGAUUUCAAUGAACAAAACGAUCUAACGCUUUUCCUCCUAGACACACAUUUAAUUCCUGCGUUUUUGCCCAGGGUAAUGAUCUACGUUUGGAUUGGAGCCCUGAUAAUUCCAUCGAGAAGUCAAUAAGGAAGUAGUGUCCGUUUGCGAAAGUCUCUGUGAAAGUUACUAUAGGAACGAUACUUUAAACUGCGUUUUGUAUACGCAAACUACCAAAGUAUAUCAUAAAUCGAAAAGCCGUUAGUGUGUUAAUAGCGAAUAUCAUCGUACGUGUGUACAUCGACGGAUUGCGGAAAUUUUAAUAAAUACAAGGUUUAAAGCCUACCGGUACAAGUCAAAGGAUGUUAUAAUUACCUCGUUUGAUUUCCGAAAAUAAUGCUACAUAUUUAUAGGUUUUCAGUUUUUCCCGUAAAAAAAAAAAACACAUUUUCGAUACGAGAUGACGUAGAUACUACCGAGCUAUUAAAAUAAUGUUUGUACAUAUUUCGGGUACUAUAUCAAUAAGUGUAUAAUGUCUUACGACUUUCUUUCGAAUGAGCGACAAAUGAGUUUGCCGCCGAUCAAUAUUGUCUGAAUGUUUAUCACCUACUCAAACACGUCAUAACAGUAAUCAUAAACAUAUAGUAGAUAUCUACACACGUUUGAUUGUAUUAGUUAUAAUAUAUAUUUACCUCCUUAAUCACCCGUAAAGUAUCUCAUACCGGCUAUUAUCACAAAAUGACGCGAGUGGUGAAUCGAUGGAGAAUAAUUUUAACAAAAUAAGAUCGGUUGUCCUCUAAAAUCAUUUUUUAAUUAUUCCUUCCGUAAGUGCAUGGAAAUACUUCCUGGAAAUUAUAAACUUAUGAAAUUAAGAAAAAUUGCAUAUAAUCGUUUUUGUUGAUUGCGGUGAAAUUACUCUAGAGCUGAUAGAGAAGAAUUAUCGCUCAAUAAUUUAGGUUGACUUUCUAAAGCUUAAUGUAAACUACUACAUUAUUGUGUACAUUUCUAUUAAUUUAUUAAGAGUAAUUGGACUUCACGACUAUGUAAUCUCUUUGAAUUUUUUUACUUUUCACUUAAAUAUUUUUUUUCUACGAAAGUAUGAAUGAAACUCUGUACGUAAUUUUCAUGUGUUCAUGACAAGGUUCACAUAUUAAUUGCUCCAAUCUUUACCGGAGGUUAUUACCUCGAUAUAUAAGAACGAUAAGAACUUUUAUCACAUAUAGACAGGCAUAAAAAAAAAUAGAAAAUAAAUAACGUUAAUUGCGAGUUGCAUUCAAAUUUGUCGAGAGUCUAGAAUCGCCUUUCAAUCCCCAACAUAAUAUCGCACGAAAAGCUAGCUUGGGUUAUUCUCUAAACCAUAUCUUCUUCCAUUUUUUAAUAUAAUUGGAAUUCAUCACACAGAAUUAGAAUAAUUAUUCAAUACGAGUAGUGUGUCUUUUUUUGGAAUUGCAGCAAUGACAAUUUUCAUUAAAUAAUUUUGCGCACUAGAUAUCUGAACAUUGGGACAUUUAAAUGAAAUCUUUGGCGUUUUAUACUCCACAAUAGUCACAAAUAAUAAUAUCUACAUGUUCUCAGAAUUUGUCAUCUUGUUACAUAAAAUUAAUUGUAUUAACAAGUUUAUUAGUAUAUUUAUUUGCUCAUUCUGACGUAUACCAUUCUAUGCUGUAAAUCUCAAUUUUCUACGAUACGAACGACUUCUAUGUGAUGAAUUCAGAAUACCGCAAUGUAAUCGCGCUCAUUGUCUCUAAACUUUCCUCGCAUUGUAAUCACGACUGAGGAAAAUAAGUGAAAUAGCAUUUUAAUUGAACGAAUUCGAAUAUGUAUAGUAUGUACAUAAAACACGUAUUAACACACGCGCAUAUACAUAUAUAUAUGUAUCAAACGUCUUUUACGUUUAAUCCGUUUCCUUUUAAUUAUAUUACAUCAUCAUGGAAACAUUUAUAUAUCAUGUAAAACUGGUCUACCUUUGCUCCGCUUAAUUCGAAGAAGAAAUAAACAUUGUUACAUAUUUCUAUUAUGCCAUAAGAAUAUUGUGUCACUGUUUACAAUUUGUACAGUUGGUAAAACGCAUAAACCGAGAGUUGUGUCAUAUACUUAAAAAUCUAUCUUAGUCCUAUUACACUUUGUUUUGCUUUCUGUA